AUGAAGACACACAUUCUUUUUGCCAUUUUGUCUUUCGUGGCGUCGUCCCGUGCUGCAGCGACCACCUAUCGUCCGGCAGUGACAGAACACCGAAGAAGCCACUCCGACGCACCUGAACAUUCCACGACGCAAGCCGUGCACAUAUCAGACCACAGAUUCUUCCUCCAUGAGAUUUUCACCAAGUACGGACAUGGCGGGAAAAUGACAUUCGAAGGUUUCGAACACCUUCUGGAGAGUUUAGGCCUUGGAAACAUCAUUAUCAACGAUCAUGACGUCAUGGCCCACAAAGAAGAUUCUUUUCAGAAGAUGCACGAGACCCACGACCAUUCGAAGAAGGCGGACGACCACGCCCCAAAGAAGGUGACGAAAGACCACAGACAUGCUUCUCAUUCGACGACGCAGUACAGAGUUCAACCAACCACGUCAGACUUAUCGCAUGACGUCAUGACCAAAAUCUAUCCAGAUGACGGUGGUCACAAAAGCAACUUAAACGUCAAUCCAACGGCUGCUUCAUCGAAAUUCGAAAGAAUUCUACCGCCGACACAAAACCAUCUAAUUCACAACAAACAAAGCGCUCACCCGUCGAGUUACAACCGCAUUCAGCACCAUUCUACCACUUCUGGCUAUCAGAUGAUUGGUCAGUCAUCAGACCUGAACAGCAAUCUGGAUUCAUCUGAGCAUAUUUACCGUUAUCAGGUGCGAGAUGAAGACAUUCCUGAAUUACUGGUGAAUCUGUCCUCUCUCGUAGAUCAGCAUCAGGAGCUGGAAAACCAUGGACCUGAAAUAAUCAUCGAACAGUGCCUGAGCCCAAAGGAGAUCCUAGAAACCUUCGGCAUCAACCAGACGAGCAGUCUCAAUCCGGUCAGCUUCCUGCACCUGUGUCCGGCCAUCAUCUACGAGCUGGAUCAAGGCCACUGUAUGUUUCGAAGCCACGCCCACAAGAAAAGCAGCGGCGUGGUUACAAUGGACCAAUGGAUGUAUUCUUGCUUGGCUGUCAUCGUCAUCAGCCUUUGCGGCCUGCUGAGUGUGGCUGUCAUUCCCAUCAUGCAAAAAUGGUUCUACCAUACGCUUCUGCAAUUCUUGGUUGGCUUAGCCAUCGGUAGUUUGUCAGGAGAUGCCUUGCUACACCUGAUGCCUCACGCAAUGCUUGGUGGCGAAGGAGCCCACACACACGAUAGCUCAAUAGCAGCCAUUCGGCCGAAAAAAACCGCCAUUUGGCGAGGAUUUGCGGCACUUGGCGGUAUUUUCUUCUUUUUCAUCGCCGAAAGACUUCUUGGCGCGUUAACUGCCGCCAGGAAACAGAAGAAGGAAGAAGAUUCCAAAAUGUUCCAAGCAGUGUUUUCAAAUUCUCUUGGCGACGACGUUUCUCAAGGAAUUGUUGGAAAGAAAUUGUCUCAUUACAAAAGAAACUCUACGGAUUUAAUUGGAAACGAAAAGGAAUUGACCCAAAUGCUGAAACCAGAGCCUUACAUGAUGUCAGAAUACUCACUCCAUGACUCCACGAACUACCCAAUCAAAGACAAGAUCUCUGAAACUAAGGUUACGGUUACAGAGCAUAAAGGCCACGGUCACGGACACAGUCACGAAGUUCCAGAGUCUGUGUCGGCUGUGGCGUGGAUGGUAAUCAUGGGCGACGGCUUACACAAUUUUUGUGAUGGUUUGGCAAUAGGCGCUGCUUUUGCUUUUGGAGUCGAAGGGGGCAUCAGUACAUCUGUAGCUGUAUUUUGCCACGAGUUACCGCACGAGCUGGGCGAUUUCGCGAUGCUGCUGAAGACGGGCAUGAAGGUGAAGCAGGCCCUCUUCUACAACCUGCUGUCUUCGGUGCUGUGCUUCGUCGGCAUGGUGAUCGGCGUCUCCCUGGGGAACGUCCACUCCGCCACCAGCUGGGUGUUCGCCGGAACAGCCGGCAUGUUCCUCUACAUAGCCCUGGUCGACAUGUUACCGGAGCUUUCAUCAGUGCCACAUGAGCAGAGUUCCGUAGCAUAUCAGCUAGCCGUGCAAGUAUUGGGCAUAUCUACUGGCAUCAGCAUCAUGCUGCUCAUUGCGAACUACGAGCAAGACCUUCAAGCAAUUAUUAGCUGA